UAAAAGUAGAGCCAUAUUUACAAUAAUGUCCUUUCUUAUGAACAAAUUCACUUACAAACCCCUCGAUCAGAAUAAAGUAAAAUAAUGAUCCUUGUCCUAUCAAUAUUGGAGACCUCUCUCUGCGACUCUGCCCCCCCUCCUCCCCUCUCUCUCUCUCUGAGGCUCUGAGUUUGUAGAGCUUAGAAAGACUCCAUUUUCCUCUUGUAGCUAGGACGUCAAUCGAUUAGAAUCAGAGGAAACUGAAAAACAAUCAAUAGUUCUUGCAAAAAAUGGAUCAUUCGUUAUGGGAGCAUUUACCGCUAUUGUUGAGGUCGAACUCUAAAGAAUCGGUCGAGUACAUUCUACAGAGUCUAUGGAGAACUCGGAAGACUGGUCUCGACCCCGCCGAGCGCCAUAUCAUCGGAGAAAUACUCCAACUUCCAAAUGACAGUGACCUCGACCCCCUUUUGGUAUGCCUCCGUGUAUUGAUCCGGAGGUGUGCUUAUGAAAAUGUUAAUAAGGAUGAGAUUCAAAAACUCUUUCCUCCUGAGGUCUCACCUGAACUACAAAGACUUCUAAUACUUUUGCUGCAAAAGUUUCAAAGGGAGUGGAGGGAUGAUGCACUCAAGGAUCAGGUUACUAUACCACGUUUGAAGGCAAUGACAUGGAAUAUGGCAAAUCAAGACAUAGAAUUGACUGACCCUGUUGCUGUUAUUAAUUUGAAGCUUCAGGAUGAUACACAGUCUCUCCAAGGAGAAUCAGAUGUGAAGUUCCAAUUGACAAAAGAUACUCUAGAAACAAUGUUGAGGUCAAUGUACUAUAUAAGAGACCAGUUAUCUGGCAUGGAGGAGAAUUCAAAUGGACAUCUUCAAGCCCAUGAAACUAGUACGGUAUAGUCCAUAGGGAUUCUUCAACUAGAAGGGUAUGUGUCUAGUCACAGAAUUAGCUAAUGAACACAGAUUUCAUUAUCUAAGAGAUCCAUCAAGCUAACAGUGGAACACUGAAUCAUCUAAAUGUGUGGACAGUCAGAGGUUGCAAGUUCUGGUGAUGCAUUUUAUAGUGCUAAAAAUAGAUUAGUAAUGUAUCACUCAAUUCUUUCUGUGACGUCUGGAAUAGUUUAUCAUUCACAAGUUUGCAAAUUUUGAUGAUACUUUUUCCUGGUUUCUAAACUAUCAAUGCUUAGCACUUCAACUGUGCAGCUCCACUGGCAUGUGCUAUUUUCUUGUUGAUCAAGUUAGUAAUACCACUUGACUUCUCCAUUCUCAUAUGACAAUUUGGACACCAUACAACUGCAUUUUCUUUUAUGAUUUAUAAUGAUAUUCUAUUCCUUGAGGAAUUGCAAUUAGCUGGAUGCUUAUUUGGUUAAUUUAA